AACAUCCUGUCUGUCGUCUCGCAAUCUUUGUCCCCAGAAUGAGCAGAACAUCCUGUCUGUCAUCUCGCAAUCUUUGUCCCCAGAAUGAGCAGAACAUCCUGUCUGUCGUCUCGCAAUCUUUGUCCCCAGAAUGAGCAGAACAUCCUGUCUGUCAUCUCGCAAUCUUUGUCCCCAGAAUGAGCAGAACAUCCUGUCUGUCGUCUCGCAAUCUUUGUCCAAGGCUGUCAGCUCAGCCCAACACCCCAACCUCAAUGUGGUACCAUCCUACCCCACAGAGCAGUUGGACUACAAGGACUGUGUGCCCCUCCCCGAGUCACCCAAGCCGGGGGUCAAAAUGUGUGUCUACUCGCGAGAUGUAGACCGUGUGGUCUCGGGCGUUAUUAAGAGAGGAAAACUGUUCGAGAAAGACCUGGUCCUACAAAUGGCGGAAGCUGUGAAGGAUGACCCGACCAUCCAGGUCAUAGACAUGGGCGCCAACAUCGGGGUGUACACCAUGUUCGCUGCCGCCUGCGGGAAGACAGUCCUGUCUGUGGAGAUGUUGCCCGCCAACAUUCACCAGAUCCAGAACUCUCUGGCGGUCAGUGGACUCAGCGAACAGGAUGACCCGACCAUCCAGGUCAUAGACAUGGGCGCCAACAUCGGGGUGUACACCAUGUUCGCUGCCGCCUGCGGGAAGACAGUCCUGUCUGUGGAGAUGUUGCCCGCCAACAUUCACCAGAUCCAGAACUCUCUGGCGGUCAGUGGACUCAGCGAACAGGUCACGCUGGUCAACAACGCUCUCUUCAGUGACCACCGCACUCUCACGGCCAACUUCAUCAGAGAAAACGUCGGAGCGACUCACCUGAACGUAUCUAAGACAAACUUUGCCAGGUUCGGCAUGAAGGAAGACAACAGCCACACAGUAACAGUCAACACCAUCUGUAUCGACGAUCUCAUUCCCCUGCUCAAGUUGCGAAAAGUCUUCAUCAAGAUCGACAUCGAGAGGACGGAAGCCAGGGCACUGUCAUGCGCACACAAGUUCUUUGACGAGGUCGACGUCAGAAUCAUCCAGAUGGAGUGGCUCGCCAAAUCGCAAGAAGAAAUUACCAGCAUCAACCAAUUCAUGCUCGAACACGGCUUUACAGCGUCCAGAACUGCUUUAAAAUAUACACCCGUGAAUACGAAUGUAGCUACCACUCCAGGCAGUAAUGUUUUCUUUAUUAGGUUUGGUUCUACUUACAUGGUAAUGCUCAGUACACUCAACUAUGACAGGGAUGACAAUGACAGGGAUGACAAUGACAGGGAUGACAAUGGCAGUGAUGACAAUGACAGUGAUGACAAUGGCAGUGAUGACUAUGACAGUGAUGACAAUGACAGUGACAAACACAGUGGCAGAAACAGUGAUAAAACAGUGACAGUGACAGUGACAAGUCACAACUCAGGGAUUGUAUCUAGCACACUCUCAGUGGUCGCUCUGAAAUCUACAUCAUUGGAGUCUGACAACAUCUGGACUGGUUUUGCUCCACCAAGCAUACAGUCUACAUUGGCGGUCAUCUAG